AAACCCGCAAAUGAGGCUGGGUUUUCAAAAAGAAGUAAAGUUGCCAAGGUGGCUGGCUUUGAGCGGACGUGAGUCUAAUUCCACUCCGCCGCAUGGCUGGAAAAGUAUAAAUUUACAAGUAAACGAGACCACCCUCACUCUUCUUUACUACAUAACAACAACAACAUGGGUUUCUUUGACGCUUUCCAAGAACAUCACGAAGAAUUCAACAACACUCCUGAGGAGCACAAGGGAAAGUUGUCUCACGAAUUGAUUGCUGGAGCUGCUUCCUUCGAGGCUGUCAAGGCUUGGGAAGACCACCAAAGACGUGAGGGUAAGACUGUUAGCCACAGCUUUGCCAAGGAGUUGCUCGCUGGUUUCGCUGGUGCCGAAAUCGACAAGCUUGUUGAGACCAGAGGUUUGGACUUCGUUGACCGCGAGAAGGCCAAGCGUCAUGCUAAGGACAACGUUGAGAGAUACUAUGAACAAGAGUAUGAGCGUAGAUAAAUACCACUCUCUAGCCGCACAGUUUUAUAAUGGCUGACACAGUCCAAGUG